CGAUUUCGCGUGACAAAAACGAUUGUUAAAACUUUAAAAGGUAGAAUCAACUCUCUCCGCAAACAAAUAUGUUAAAUACUUAAAAUGGAAGAGAAAAGUGAAAGUUCUUUCAACGAACGAAAUCUUAGCACAAGAUGUUUGUCAACACAGCAAACAGAGUCGUCAAUAAAAAGUCGCACGUCACGACAAACCGGUGAAUCCAGGGAAAGUAGUUAUGUUACAGGCGAAUGUAUUAACAAUACACGAGUUCGAACUUUAUCUGAAUUAUAUCGCCCAACCUUUCACAAAUAUCCCACUUUUCCAUCGAUCUAUGAGACAAAAUAUCAACGCGAUUUUCGGUAUGCACCAUUUCCUGUCCCACACAGCUGGAAGGAUGCGCCAGAGAGAACUCAAUAUGUAGGAUGUGGUUUUGGUCAAACGACGUACAAAAAUGAAUUUCAACAUGCAAACACUGAACUUCGCAGAAAACCACUUCCUUUCUCACCCCACCGGAAGAAUAACCCUCAACCAAAAAUGACAUUCACACAUUAUCCAAAUCAGACAAGAUGGGUAUGGAGCAAACUUGAAGGAAAACAAAUAAACAACACGGAAAUCCUAAAGAGCUUUCCAAAGAUUCAUCGAUGGAAUUCAAGAUAAAGGGAAUCAUAUAUAAAAGACAUAUCUACAAAAUGAAUUUACUUCUCAAAUAACAUAAUUAUUAAUACAUUUUUUUAAUUAC